AUGCCGCCGAAGCGAAGACAGGCCGAUUCCCACGAGCCUGCGUCCCCUCCAGCAAACACCAAACGCAGCAAGCCUAACAAUGCUCCGUUUACCCUGAAGCCGCGGAUACGACACAUCAACGAGGAGACUAUAAAGUCGAAAUGGACGACGCUACCGGACUCUACGCAGGAGAAGGUAAAACUGCUCUUUCAAUCGGUCGAGCUGCCGGUCAUCACGCGCAAUCGAGACGAGAAGAAGCGCGUUGAGGCCCAGUCGGCACUCGCAACGGUGCGCAAGAACCUGGGCAAACGAUUACCGAAGAUGCCAUUCCCAGCGGGUACAAGAGAUGGUAGCUUUGAUUACGAGGGUGCGCUGGGAGAGAGUAGAGCGCUGGAGAGCCAAUUGGCGGCGGCUACGAGUUCUAUUCGGCUGCUACAAGCUGAGAUUAAGCGGGAAGAAGCCGAGCUGGCAAAGGACAAGCUGAAGCUGGAGGAACUAGAGCGCAAUGCCAAAGCAGCAGAGGCUGAGAGGAAGAGGUUGAAUAAGAAUGUUCACCCCGUUCUCAAGCAACUUGACGAAUCGAGCGUGGAGGAAGCAGUCAGCGCAGAGUUCAAGCUCGAGGUCAAGAGUGAGGAGAGUCUUUUUAGUGAAGUAUGUCCUAGAAUGCCGGCUGCCCGUAUGAUGGGUGACAUUGCUGACAUCUUCGCAACCAUCUUGAAUCCAUGCAGGGCAACGCAGCUCAGGUACGAGGGAUCGGUCAUGCAAUCUCCCGGGCGAAGGCGGCACUCGACAUGCUCCCACUCGGCUGAAGGAAUUACGUCAAAAUGUGGUGAAAGGGAGGAAUCAUGCAAAAAUCAGCAGGAUCAAUUAUUUACUAAGAUCGAUGAACUUGGCAAAGAGGACAGACGGAAGAAGGCCUCGUCCCUGCACGAGCAAGGUACUCUGGGGCGGAUUAAUUCUGGGCAAGGGUCUGAGAUGUCAGCUUCGGUAUACUUCCAUAUACAUACACGGAGCACUGCGGAGGUUUAUGCAGCGUCUCCGGAUGGAGUCUGCGCCCCUCCAGGUCUGGAAGCUUCGCCUGGCAGUUCCUCUGCGCAGUUCCAGGCCUUGAGUAGCACUGCAAGAGGGCUGGCCGUCUCCAGCUCAACGUUGGCGGCUCGCCAUCGAAACGGCCGCCACCAACCCCAGAUAUAUCAAACCACCCAAGCAAGUGGGAGUCAGAAACAGAGACCACCGACCCUCCUCCCUCCUCCAGUCCAGGCAAGCAUCUAG